GUCAACCUGAAGUCGAGUCUGAUUUCUCCCGUGUUCUCUCAAUGCCUCGUGCUGGGACACUGGCACGAUUACAAAGGGUGUCCUGAACCGCAUCAGGACUUGGAGCCACAGCCACCGCUGUCAUCGUCCCCCACCGGUUCAGCUCUGGGGCAGCUGUCUGAACCCUUGUGCCGGGCUGGUGAACUGUCUGCCAUCCCACAGUUCAGCCCUCUACCUGUGCCAUCGCAUGGAAGCUAGGAGCCGGGCUCCCAGAAGACAGCUGUGCCCGCCUGGGAUCACUUGGCUGGCCCUGGCCUAUCUGCUCAGCUGCCUGCUUGCCUCCAGCAAGGCCAAGGUCUUCAGUCGCUGUGAGCUGGCCAAAGAGAUGCAUGACUUCGGUCUGGAUGGCUACCGGGGUUAUAACCUGGCUGACUGGGUCUGCCUUGCUUACUACACAAGUGGCUUCAACACGAAUGCUGUGGAUCAUGAAGCUGAUGGAAGCACCAACAAUGGCAUCUUCCAGAUCAGUAGCCGGAGGUGGUGCAGAACCCUCGCCUCGAAUGGCCCCAAUCUUUGCAGGAUAUACUGCACUGAUUUGUUGAACAAUGAUCUCAAAGAUUCUAUCGUCUGUGCCAUGAAGAUAGUUCAAGAACCCCUGGGUCUGGGCUAUUGGGAAGCCUGGAGGCACCACUGCCAGGGCAGGGACCUCAGUGACUGGGUGGACGGCUGUGACUUCUAGGACCCUUUCUGGAUGGACCAAGCUACACACAGCUGGCUGGGAAGUGUGGACUUGUUCCUGACCCAGGCUUGGGAAGACAAGCCAAGUAAUAAAAGUCUAAUUUGACGGAA